AAACAGCACUCCAUGUGGUUUAUGGAGGAUUUUGUGUCAGAGGUGAAGAAAUAUUCCCUUGGAUUAUAAAUGAGAAGUCCAAAAAGCUCUUCGUUACGAUACGAAUUAUGAUUGUACGCAGCGUCUUUCUACAGUUCACGUGCGUCGUUGGAUUCAAACGUAAAAACCUCCAGGUUUCAAACUCUGCGGCCCUCUAAAUAUGAGUGUCUCAUCAUGGAUGCCUCAGGAUUGGAUUUCCAAGGCAUUUUCUGGCUGUUGCGUGCAGGAUCUGCUCCCAGUCUGAGCAGUGAAGAGCUGGCCGGCAGAAUCUCAUCAUGUGUUAGUCAAACAGCAAACACUCCUGCGCCGUCUGUCACACACACAGACGUCAUGUGCUUGUGUCUCACUCUUACUGAGAGCAUCAUUAGCAGACUGACGGCACAGAGUUUGCCACAAGAUGCCACAAUAUUCUAUGAAGAUGUGACGAGGAGGCUGUUUGGAGAAAUGAAUCUGAUGGCAAAACUGGUCACCCUCCUCAGCUGUCAAGACCAACUGGUGUCUCAUUUAUCUGCGAAGUGUAUAUCAGUCUAUAUCAUCAAUGACAUUCGCAUCACUGGAGGCAGCAGUUGGAUGUGGAGACAUACAUGUGCUGAAGUGUUUCAGAAAUCAGCGGCCAGCAGUGAACUGGACUCCUGUGUGUGGUCCCUGACCGCUGUUAUUAAAGCAGUGCUGAGAGGAGACACAGGCCAGAAUCAGAGAGAUGUUCUGACGAAGCUUCUUUCUGGAUUGGAUUCCUCCAUCGCUUACUUGUUCACCAACCUUCUGACUCCAGACACACAGGAACCUCACAAAAGAGAGCCUUUGAAACUUUCUAAGACCAUGUGUGAGUUCUUUGACCUCCUUGAAGUCCUCAGCGCUGCCCGGCUCAGAUUUGGAGUCUGCUCUUCAGUUCAGAGAGUCGUAUUCGUUGAGUCGCGAGCGCUGCUUCACGUCGCGAGAGCUGAGGUGGAGUACUUCGUGAAGAAACGAGCGCUGCUUCUUCUGAAGAGAAGUCUUCUGCGGAGAGCCGGGGAGGACUGGGCUUCAGCUGAAGCUCAGUGUGAAGAUCACGGCCUGACGGAGGACGCGCUGAUCAUGGCAGAUGGUGUGCUACAGGAAGUCACUGCAGGCUGGCUGAAGGAAGUCCCUGUGAAAGCUCAAGCCAGUUUCUUCGGUGGGAACUGUGAUGUGAGUCUCGGCGAGACGCAGAAGGAUGAUGUGAUUCUGAGAGCCGUGAGCUUGAUUUUGCUGAAGUCGCUAGAAAUAAACAUCCAGUCCCCUCGAUGCAAAGGAUCUCAGAGUGACUUUGAGGUCUGUGGGUAUUUAACAGAGUUCAUGUCGUUCCUCCAGCGUCACGGGACUCUGAUGUCUCCAGACGCUCACAGCUGCUCCUGGGUGUCUGCGGUAUUUGCUGAACAGGAUGACGACAUGAUGGAAUCAGCCAAGACUUUGAUUGGCUUGUAUUUAUAUCAGAAAAGUUCGAGCUCCUCAGACUCUGGGGUUUGUGUCUGGGGUUGUAACCCUCACUGUCAUUUCAUACUUCUGCUCCGCUCCCUCUCCUUCGACCACAGCGUGCUGCUUGACUUCCUCAUCUCCUCCGAGACGUGUUUCCUGGAGUACUGCGUCCGCUACCUGAAGCUUCUCCGUGAGGAGCGGACGGCCUUCUGUAGGUCGUGUCGUCAUAUCGAAGAUUGUGAUGGUGCUGGAAGAGGAACCGAUCCCUCUGUUCAGGCUCCUUCUGCUGUUUCAGAAACGCUGGAUGUUGCUUCCUGCACUAGAUGGUCAACAGGUACCGAUGUCCCACGACUGGUUGAUUAUGGGAGCUCAGACGAAUCCGAGGAGGCAGAAGAGCAUGCUUCUGACAGGAACUCUGGGAAUACUGCGGCAGACUGUAGUAGGACUCAAUCUGUAAUGGAGCUGGAACAAGUUCAGACUGGACAUGCAUCUGAUUGUCUGUUAGGUAAAGUGUUUGUGUGUCUUAUGGACUUGAGGACCGCUGUAAAGAGACUACAUAACAGGGGUCUCUUCCCCUACAACCCUACCUCACUUCUAAAACUGCUAAGCAGCAUUGAACCCCGGAGAAACGCAGUUAGUUAGCUUUGAUGAACAAGGAUAGAUUAAAACGGAUCAGAAAUGCCAAUCUGUAAUGACCUGCUCAAUUAAUGCAGAGAAUAAACAUAUAUCACUGAACUAAAAAAAAAAUGUUUGCAUCAAAAUUUAUGUUAUGGAGGGAUUUAACAGAUUUAAGUUAAAUAAAUAUAUGAUGAAAUGAUCAAAUACAACAUGGAAU